UCAGGAGCAUUCUUCUAAAGCUGAAAGUUUUUAUAAUUGCGUGAAUAAACAAGCCCAGGGUACUGGACUUGAAGUCGAUGCUGGAGCUUUAGUUAAUAUAACUGUUUUUGCUCUUUUAGCCAAUGCUGGUCCAUGUGAUCAGCAAGAUGCUGCUGACAAAUGCAUCGACCUUGCUGAUAGAAUUGAAGCUGCAUUACAAAAUAGUGAAAAUGGUAAAACUAGAAGAUAUGUUCUUACAAAGUGUUGCAAAAAAUAUCGACAACUUAAACGUAACACUAAUGUACAAGCUCAAGAUCCAACUGGAUUAAAAACAACUGCUGGAUUUCCAAAAGAACUAGACACUAAAACGCCUAUCCCAACAACAACGAAAAAA